CAGAGUAGUCCCUGAUAUGAAAAGUCUAGAAUAGAAAAGUUUUUUUUCUAAAGUCCUUUGAACUAGGAAUGUCACAAUCCCUGUUUAAUUUUUCUCAUUAUGGAAGAGGUCAAAUAUUCAUAAAUGAGGGCACUUCACCGAUUCCUCACAAAUGAUGAACCCAUUUUGUCACAUGGGUAAGGCCUAAGCUGCUGAUGAAGUAAACGUAGCCUCUAUGACACCACAUUUUCACUCUGGACAAACUGCUGUUCAUUCUUGGUUGCAUGACAGCUUGGCUUUCUUCUGGCAUCUAAAGACUGCACAGAAUAUCCCAUAGUUUUCUCUGAAGAAGACAAAAAGCUGGAGAAAGAGCAACUGAAACAAUGGAGCUUCGAGUAGGGAACAAGUAUCGACUGGGACGAAAAAUUGGUAGCGGAUCAUUUGGGGAUAUCUAUUUGGGUGCUAAUAUUGCCACAGGGGAAGAGGUAGCCAUUAAAUUGGAAUGUGUGAAAACCAAGCAUCCGCAGCUCCACAUCGAAAGCAAGUUUUACAAGAUGAUGCAGGGAGGAGUGGGCAUCCCUUCCAUUAAAUGGUGUGGAGCAGAGGGUGACUAUAACGUGAUGGUGAUGGAACUUCUGGGACCCAGCUUGGAAGACCUCUUCAACUUCUGUUCCCGCAAAUUCAGCCUCAAAACUGUUCUGCUGCUUGCUGAUCAGAUGAUCAGUCGUAUUGAGUACAUUCAUUCCAAGAAUUUUAUCCACCGAGAUGUGAAACCAGACAACUUUCUUAUGGGGCUUGGCAAGAAGGGCAACCUAGUGUACAUCAUUGACUUUGGCUUGGCCAAGAAGUAUCGUGAUGCACGCACCCACCAACACAUCCCCUACCGGGAAAACAAAAACCUGACUGGCACAGCCCGCUAUGCCUCUAUAAACACCCAUCUUGGGAUUGAACAAAGUCGCCGUGAUGACUUGGAGAGCUUGGGUUAUGUGCUGAUGUACUUCAAUCUUGGCUCACUGCCUUGGCAAGGCCUGAAGGCAGCUACAAAGCGCCAGAAGUAUGAACGCAUUAGUGAGAAGAAGAUGUCAACGCCCAUUGAGGUGCUCUGCAAAGGCUACCCUUCUGAAUUCUCUACAUACCUCAACUUCUGCCGUUCAUUGCGGUUUGAUGACAAACCAGACUACUCUUAUCUGAGACAGCUGUUCCGCAACCUCUUCCACCGCCAGGGUUUCUCCUAUGAUUACGUGUUUGACUGGAACAUGCUCAAGUUUGGGGCAGCCCGGAAUCCCGAGGACAUGGAUCGGGAAAGGCGAGAACACGAGCGAGAGGAGCGGAUGGGGCAGCUUCGGGGUUCAGCCACACGGGCACUGCCACCUGGGCCUCCUGCAGGAGCCACUGCUAAUCGCCUCCGCAAUGUUGCUGAACCCAUGGCCUCCACACCCACCUCCCGCAUCCAACAGUCUGGAAACACAUCCCCCAGGGCAAUUUCACGAGUGGACAGGGAGCGGAAGGUCAGCAUGAGGUUACACCGGGGAGCCCCUGCCAACAUCUCCUCAUCUGACCUCACAGGGCGGCAAGAGGUGUCACGGAUUUCAGCAUCACAGACAAGUGUGCCAUUUGAUCACCUGGGGAAAUGAAGAGUGGAUUUCACCGGACCAGUGUUUGCUUAGUGUCUUCACUGUAUUUUUCUUUUAAAAAACAAAAUUACAAAAAAAUACAAAUAAAAAAAGAAAAAACAACAAAAAAACCAACUUUUUUUUCUGCCAGCCACAAGGAGAGGACCUGCCCCGUGCUGGCGUUCAUGUCUUUUCUGAGAUCGCCGACUGCGUUCCCAAGCCCAAUUGCCUUCAGCAAGUCACCGAUGCAGGAGCCUUGCAGAAAAACACCUCUGCUGCUGCCGUGCAGCUUCGUCUCGACGUAGGCCUUGCCCCCCAUCUCACGCCACCAGGCCACAGCCAGCCCACUCUGCUUUCCACCCGCCCUCGCCCCCCAUUUUCUGAUCUAUUUGUAUCAUCUGAAACAAAACAAUAAUCACUUGCCUUUUUUGUUUUUGAAAGUUCAAUAUGUCUGAGAUGGAAUGGUUUCUGCCAUCAUUUGGGAUGGCUUUGGGAUUUUAAAAA